GGAAUGGAAAAUUGUUUGUACGGAGAGGAUUAAUGCAAAAGUAUUAAAAUAAGCGCUUUUAGUAGAAUGAGAGCUUAAAAGUCGUUGAAGUAGUUACAUGUACUAGAUGAUUAUAUGAAUGGUGAAGUAAUUGUAUUUGUGCCAGCGUCAGUAGACCGAACUGUCUUAGUAGGAGAGCCACGCUUUAAAACAAACAAAAAUGUACCAUUUCAAAAAACCUAGAAAUUAGUUUCUUAGUAGAAUUUCGACCUUUUAAGACGUAUUUUAACGUGAUUUGGUACCUUAGCAAACGAUAUUUAAAACACCAAUUAGGACAUUUCUGUAAGCUCCACUAGUGGUGAAAUUCGCACCAAGCGAGACAUAUUUGCCAUAGGGCACUUUCAUAUCACAUACGUUUGCCAACACUGCCAACAGCAGUGUCUUUGUGAUGCUUUUAAGCUUGUUGAAGUGGAGAGAUCAUCCACCUGGGUUCAGUUGUUGAAAAGGCGGAUUACCCUUUCCAUGUUGACAUAAAGUACUGCGUUAUCCACCGAAUGGCGAUUUAUCCAGAGGAUAGCGUUGUUCACCCUUAAAACAACGAGAGCUUUGUCUUUUGUGCAAAAAAUAUGUACCCAACAUGUAAUGAUGCCUUCUGGUUUAAUAGGCCAUUCUACAGUUGUGUAAUUGGUUUCCAAGCCUUUAAUUUGGAGUGAGGCUGAAGGUGAUCUUGUUGUGAUAGAGACCAGUAUCUAGUUACCAUGAUAACAGGGUAAUUUACAUUUGAAAAGCAGCAACGUUUGUAUCCUAACAAGGUCAGCCUUAGCCUCGCUCCUUUUCAAAGGCGCGGUAAUCAAAUACGUAACUGUAAAAUGGACUAUGUAAGGUUUGUUCACAGUAGCGUUAUUCCGGUGAACAAUUUUUUCCCAUUUUUUCAUUAUUAAUUUUUAUUUUCAUUUAACUGUUGUAAAAAGAUUUUGAAUCUACGGUACUCACUUUUUUCUCCUGUUUACCAGAGAAAUUUGACUUCAGUAGGCGUUUUAUAGUUUUUUUUCCCUCUAUAGGGAAAUAGAUGAGGCGCUUAAUGCACCCAAUGUAGAUGGAAAUUGAGUACGUUGAUACUUGUGUUUAUUUUUAUAGAGAUUUUGAUUCUUUAUUUAUUCACGAUUGAUAUAAUUGAUUGAACAUCGUUGUAAACGUGCAAGCGUCGUUACUCAAGCUAAUGUAUAUCGGUUGUGUCUGAAAUUGGUCUGAUCAAUUUACGACAUGAUAUCAUUAUUUCAAAACUUUUAUCGAAAGCUCGAUCGCACCUUCUCUUGUGUAAUCCUCCAGAAAACAUUAAAAUUUACGGUUGAAAUGUAGCAGUAAUGAACCUCGUACCCUAAAGAGAAUAUUUUUCUUGAUCAAAGCUCUCCAUGGAGACCGAUGCCACGAUUCCAACUUCGGUGUUACCUGCUCCAUAGAUGGCUGAGGAAAAAACUGUACGUCAAAUAAAAAUCUGGCAGCACCACUUCAUCGAAAGCUCGAUCGCACCUUCUAUUGUAUAAUCCUCCAGAGAACAUUAAAAUUUACGGUUUAAAUGUAGCAGUAAUGAACCUCGUACCCUAAUGAGAAUAUUUUUCUUGAGCAAAGCUCGCCAUGGGGACCGAUGCCACGAUUCCAAUUUCGGUGUGACCUGUUCCAUAGCUGGCUGAGGACGAAACUGUGCGUCGAAUAGAAAUCUGGCAACACCAUUUUCGGAGACUCGCUAUUGGAAGCUCGCUAUUGCUCCUAUUCGGGAAAGCGAAUCCGGUGUCACCUUGGACUUGAUGGUUUUAAUGAAACAAGGAUCAAAACAACUCAACCUGGAAAAUGAAUAAUGAAGAUGUGAGAUAUCCAGGCUACUAAAUUGACUUUAGGCCAGGACUUGAGGCCUGCCCCUGGAAAGUAAAGCGCAUUACGGAUACUUCUUGACUUUUCCUUCUAUAAGAGAGGUCUUGGGAUCGAAUCAAGUGUUUUCAAGGUUACUCUUAAUAACGAGAUGAUAAACUGUUUACAACCCGUUUACAAUUUCUCGUCUUAAUGUAUCUCCAUAACCUCAUUUACACCAAGCAAACAUGUUAGAUUAGACCUCGUUUUGCUGAAUGAAAAUCAGAAACAAAGAACUGAAAAUUGAAUUUUUCCUUGUAUUUCCGAUGCGCUAAAUUUGAAGUCGACAAACAUCGGUUUAAAGCAGCUUCUAUGAAGAAAACGAAUUGAAACCUUGUGUAAAAAAACACCCUCAUAGCAUGUUUAAUCUUUGGUGUCAAUGGAAUAUAUCUUUGACACACUGAAUAUAUAUUGCACAAUAAUUAGCAUUUGAGAGGCUGAUUAUCACAGCAUUCCGCUCGUUUCUUUUUGUUUUCCUGAUUUUAAAGUACAUAAAAUGAGGGUUUUGAUAAUUGUUGGUACAGUUCUUAGAUUUUGUGUUUUUCAGCGAUCGAGUUUUUAAUUUCGAAAUCGAAAAAGGUUAUGAAAAAGGCCUUUAAAUUCUGAAUGUUGGACUGCUAUCUCGCCCUCGAAUGUCAUAUUUGUUCGAGCGUCUCAAAUACGCAAUAAGUGUGCAAAACUUUUCAAGGUACGUUUGCUGUCAGCCCAUUUUACAUCCAUUGAUAGAUUUUGCUGGUUGUAAUUAAAAAAGCCACGUGAUUUCUCAGUAGGCAGUGAAAAGUUUGAUCAUUUCACCGUUAGCAGUUAAGCCCCAUACAGGAUCCCCAAGAAGAAAGAAUAUUAACAAGCCCUAUGCGUUAGUCAGUGAUUUUGACCAAAUAGUGAACAGGAAACUGGAGAGGUGCUAAGGAGUGACUUUUGGGUUAUGACAACAACUUGGAAAAUGAUUCAAAACCAUUUUCCAAGUUAGAAACCGUCCUGGACGAUAGUGCGCCUAUGAGCAUUAUUGGCUACAACAUUUCCAGUAUACACCAUUACGAAUAGAUGAGACACAAUCUCUUCAUAAAAAUAAUAGCACAUUUUAUUACUUUACGAAGAAGGACAAACACAAACUAUGGACUAGGAGAUGCAUAAUUAGGUGAUUUAGAGGCCUUAGUUUUAGAAACUAGAAGGGUAGCAAGAGAUUAUAAACAGUUCAUAUACUCUUGGUAGUAGUCAUGACACUGAAAGGCUCCAUAAGUUUUAACACGGGGCCGAGAAGAUGGGUUUAAUUAGAACGUUGGACAGGACAUACAUAUGUAGAGACAGCCGGUUGAGUUUAUUGCAAAACGUACAAAAAAUGGAUAAAACGAGCCAAAAAACCUUUUAUAAAGCAGGAUAUGCUUUCAAUGGCAAGAGAAGCUGAAAUGAUGAAAAAUAUGCGUGAACACCUCACUGCAGUAACGUCAUGGAGAAAAAACAUAAAAAGAAAAAAGAUCAAGAAUUUAUUAGCGUACAAAACAACCUAUUUUUUUCCACGGACUUUAGUGGUUCUGUCACAAAAUGUUUCCGUCAUUUUUCUUUGUUUACAAAUUCAAUAGAAGAAAGAUAUCACUUACAGUAAGCCAAUUCAAAUAUUUUAAGUCUAAUUUAUUUUUAUUAAGAAUUUACUAUUUUAUUUAUUAUUUAUUAUUUUAUCUAUUAUUUAUUUAUUUAUUUAUUAUAAAUUUACUAAGAAUUCUACUUCUCUUUGCAGUUUCAACGGGAAUUCGUCAUUCAACUGAGGUGUUAAAUUUACAGCGCCAAUGGAACGUUUGUCCUUUGUGAAAUAUCUUCCCUUACGGCGAAUUGCCCUCGUUUUUAGCUUGUUGGUGUUAUAUACUAUUACUUCAACUCUCUUCAUAAACCACCCACCAUUUCGUUUUAUUGCAAAAACGAACGAAGCAAAUAAAAUCGCCGAUUUCUGUCGUGAGUGGGUACGUCAGCAUCGUGCGUGCUCGGACUGGCAGGCCAUAAUCAAACCGUGUUACGACAAUAUGGCCUGGGGAAAAGUGAAGGAUGGCUGGGAAAUAGCUAACAGAACCGACGCCUCAACAAGUGAGAUAACAUUUCAGGACAUCAGGCCUGCUGGAGAGUACAGUAAGAUUUUCAUCCAAUCAAAAACGACCGACAAUAGAGCGAAAGUAAUUGGUGGAGACACCUGGAGGGUCAACCUACGUGGCCCAUCAAGCAUUGCAGCGACUGUUUUUGAUCACAAUAAUGGAAUUUAUGAAGCUCUGUUUCUUAUUAUGGAGCCUGGUAUCUAUCAACUGUUGAUUCACCUCGACUAUAGUCUGUGCGAUGGAUUCAGGGACCCUCCACGUGAUUGGUUCAUUAAGGGGAACGUUCAUGGGAAAUUUCAACCGAGAAAUCUUUUAGGCCCCAUGGUUGAUUACUUGGCACAGCCCUUUCAGAGCGGAACACAUCUCGAGAUAACCGUAGAAACAACAGAUACGAUCGUGUCAUUAGCCGGUAAGCAACUUGACAGAAAUAAAGGCGAACGCUUUGAAAAUGAGUCGCUUCGAGCGCGUUGAGAAUGAGUCUAUUUUAAAACCAAACCAGAGUAAUCUCAACAAGAUGAACGCUAGUGAGAGCUUAAUGUAAAAACACGAAAACAGCUUGAGGUGCAAGAAAACGCGAUUGAACAAUUCACGAUUGCUUUGAGCUUUAGUUAAUUUAUUGGUUUAAGAAAGUGAUGCGAGUUUUCUGGAUCAUUUACGUCGCAAAGUAAAGCAAAAGCAAUACAAUCUCGGAUUACUCUCGCCACUUAUUUUAAAGCUAUCGUAUACAGCACGCGGAUGGUCUCAGCUAUAGCUACGAUUGGAAGAAAUGUGUCAGAGAACUUGAAGCAAGAGUAGCUAAUGCUGCGACAUCAAGGGUAGUGCUGCUGGAGUGAAGGUAGAUCAAGGCAUUUACAACCGAAAGAGGGGCUUGAAAAUUAAGGAAAAUUAAAGAUUGACAAUUUCAAUAGAAAAUAUACUACAGGUUUAAAAUAUGAGUAAGACAAUAAUAAUAAUACCGCAAAUAAUGAUAACAUUAUGGAUAAUCAUGACAAUAAUAUGAUAAUAAUAAUGAUAAUAAUAAUAAUAAUAGUUAGCUUUUCACAAGGCAAAUUAUUUAAAAAGUAAUAUGAAAACAAAACGUUGUUGACGCUAGGUCAUUAUCACGGUAAAAUGGGGGAAUGUAUUUUUGCCUUGUAAAUAGCUCACUUGGAAACUUAAACGAACUCUAUGGAAAAAAUGAUAGUAAUGAUUAUAAUAAUAAUAAUCAUCAUCAUAUUCAUAUUUAAGAAUUGUAUCCUGUGCCCCUGGAAUUCUCUCUAAAUCCAUUCUUGGUAGUACGCCUACUUUCUUAAUUAAACUGUUCACUCCCGUGAUCGAAAUAUUAAUUCUCCUUUCUGAUUACCAUAUAUUUCUUAUCAGUAGGACGUGAGAAGUAGGUGCUAAAUUAAAAACCAUUUCCUGCCUUAUGUAUUACUUUCUUUUCAGUACGUUUCUGGUGCAAAAUAAAUUGAUGCAAUAGGUUGCUAUAAAAUCAUAAUUUGUUACUCCUGAGAGACUUGAGAGUACCAGACUUGAGAGGGUUUCUCUUUCGACCAGCUCAUGAACAACUGAAAUUUCAAUUAAUUUUCUCUUGAUUCUCUCUUCCCUACAGACAAACUUCAUUCCCUUGAGUCGUGUUCUUCCACGUGCAAUAACUUGUGGGAUGGAUUUGGUCGGUGGAAGAAUGACAAAUGGCGGCCAUACCUCGAAGGUUAGAACUCACCUACCAUAAGCUAAUUGAAAUAGGAUGAAAAAGGGGAGGGAAAUUAAUUAGAAAUUAAUUAGAAAUUAAUAAUAGCAUUAAUGUUGAUUACGAUGGUAAUAAUGAUAAUGAUAAUAUCGAUUAAUAGCAAUAACGAUAACGAGUAUUUAGCAUUGGACAUUCUACGAGGUGGCUCAUCUUGUCCACUCUUUUCAGUUAGAAUUAGAAUUUGAAAUGUUGGUUUUCCAGCAUUUAAUCUACUUUACCAGCAUUGGGUUGUGAUAGGGUUUCGAAGCAAGAAUUAAAUGAAGAAUGUACUGUAAAAAGUGAAAAUUACUUAUAUAACCCUCUUUUGGUAGGCAUAGCACUAGUCUAGAUUUGGAUAGCUUUCCAGAAACAACAUUACUAAUUAAAGUUGUACCUGUAGUUUUAACCCCAACCCGAACUUGUUGUCAGUUGACUGUUGUUUGGUCAUGGGAGGGGUAAGUGUGUGAUUGCUUCGAUACUGACGUUGAGUCCACUUUUCCUUUGAACAGAAUCAUACGACUGGUCCUUACCAGAAAACUACAGCUCUUCUGGUACUUUCUGGGUGUACGGUGAUUCAUUAGGACUUAUGCUGUUUAAUUCAAUCCGCUCUCGUGACCUGUGCACAAAGCUCUACUCCAACUGCAAAAACAGUUAUAACUGGCUCUAUCCAACCAGGAAUGAUAAACCAGUCAACAAUACACGGGAUAACCUCGACUUUCGUCCGGAGAUAGUCUUAAAUGCUAUACGCAGCGUUCUUAAUACGACAGACUUACAGCAACCAUCCAGUGUACUGCUUUUAAACCUUGGACUUCAUUAUACCCGAAGCGUCAAUUUCACAACUUUUCAGAGGGUCAUUGGAGACGUAAUAGACUUGUUGAAAGAGAAAACAAUUGACUCACAAGGCAAAGAAGUUCUAAAGUUAAAAGCGAGGGUCAUUUGGAAAUCAACUACAGCCUUAUGUAAGCAUAAGCAAAGGAACCACAACCCAACAGAUAAGAGAUUCCUCACACCGCAGGUUUGUACCCUAUGAUAACAGAUGACGUCGCCCCCUUAAAUACGUUUGAAACCUUAUUUAGACUCAAAAGUUGGGAGCGAGGCAACUAUAUUUCGGAGCGACGAAACUCCACUUGGGGCGACCGUGUAAUAGGGUGACAUCACCUACGUAUCGAUGCACAUUGCAGGGUAACAUCUGUGAUUAUAAUCUUGGUACUUAUCCUCGAAUCACCUACAUGAUUACUAACGGUUUGAGCAGCUGAUAGAUAAAGACUGGUCCUUAAUUAGAGGUCAUGACAAAACAUUUAUGGUUUAAGGUCUAAGGCAAGGAGUAAUUGCAAUGAAUGAGCUGCCAGUAAUCGGAUCCUUGUGUUUGCGCAAAGAUUUCUAGGAUCGCCACUGGGCAAACAUUGCUACUCGUUAUACAGAAAUGUAUGGGGCAAGAUUAUUUCCAUGUCCAAAAAGACAAUUUUAGAGGGAGAUCAAUGCUUUUUCGCCGCAGUUUUAUCAUAAAUGGAUAAAGAUCAUGUUGAUUCGAGGAACGUGUAAGUUUGUGUUUAUAUUUUCACGAAAUAUACCAAUGAAUUUCUCUCCUUGUGUAAGGUUUAUUGUGAAAUCGUCAUCGCGUAAUGGUCUCGACCUUUUUCAAAAUUAGCCAUAAAUCUCUAUGAAAUAACUCAUUUAAGUCUUUUCUGUGUAUAUAUCAGUUGUACAUCGCUCCUUAAGCGACCCAUUUGUACCUACUCACUGUCGCAGAAGAAAUGGUUCAGUUUUGAGUCGAUUAUCAACGCUGGUUCGUUCUCAUUGAUCACAACAGAGAAGUAGUGUAGGUGUUCCAUCGCUUAAAUGUAUCUGACGAUGAUACUUAAUGCUCAAGCUCACCAUCUGUCGACACUUCAAUCUCCUACUGUCUCGAGGUAGCUGUUGUAGCGCUCUUUUGUCAGUAUUAGCAAGCCAAGAAAAAAUGAGCUAGAAAUAGACUUAGCACACGUCAUAAAAGCUGAGAAAGCUUAUUGAUUUAUUUCUUGGCGAUUUAUAGCAAAUAUUUCCAAAUUUCGAUACUAUAAAGCGACGUCAGUUUCACAAUAAACCUUGCUUUUGCUCAUGGAGGAAUGUUAAUUGGUAGAUUUUGCUACAUAAAUAAAGGUUGUUCAAUCAAAAACUUACGCUUCCCUUGUAUCGAUUACCCAAAUCCAUUUCUGAUGGGAGAGCGGCGAAAAAGCGAUAAUCUCCCCCCAAACUAGUUUUUUGGACGUCAAACAACCUUUCGUCAUGCAUUUCUUUACAGCCACGAGGCGAUCCCAAAAACCUUUGCGCAAACAAAAGGAUUUAAUUAUUGGCAACUCAUCCAUUGAUCGUGUUGUCUGAUUGUCUGGGUGAAAGUAGACCUGCAAGGGUCUGAGACGAUGGUGGAGACUGACGUUAGCUGACACGUUUCGACAGUCUUAACGAAUGUCUUUACCAAAGUGAAACCACUCAUCUUUCAGAAAUUAUUAAAUGCGGCAUGAUAAACACUGCAAAGAGCCCCAGUAGGUAGAAUUGAUUCCUAGAAUUUUACUGUUCGUCUGCUAAAAUAAUAAAUGUAAUAUUUGGAAUCCUGGCGUCACUAUUUUCCUCAGUUUCUUUACUCGCUCCUUCCGAAAAUGUUAGCUCCUUUCAAACGUAUAUAUAUAGAAAAGCAUUUAGUCAUUUUCUUUUAUUUAAUUAAUGAGUGAGUCCUGUGAGUUAUGUAUGAAAUGUAAUGUAUUGUAGAACUGCUUUUUAAAACUUUGGAAUUGUACUUUUCUCGUCUUUCUUCAUUUGUUAUUUCAAUAGGACAUUGUAAGGCGCUGUUAAAUAUGUGUCAAGAACCUACUCAGUAUAAAUUUCUUACAUCAACAUUAUUAUCAUCAUUGUGGCAGUGUAAAACUUCUGGAUGCCUAGAUUCCAAGCACGAUAGUUGGGCGGUGCUGGCUGUAGCCAACUCCGUGACGAAGCCAUAAACUUGUAUUGUUAAUAAAAAAUAUGCUAAAACUUUAAUUGUUGAAAAUAUAUAGAUGUAGAUCUAAUAAGAUUCUUGUUUAUCAUCGUGAAAUAGGAACAAGUUCCAUGUGUGACUGAGGCACUCAAAAUUAUCCUGAUAUUGUCAUCAUUAUUAGUAUAAUUAUCAUUAUUUUAUUAUCAUUAUUAUUAUUAUCGUUAUCAUUAUUCUUCUUAUUAUUAUCAUUAUUAGUAUCAUUAUUAUUAUUGUUAUCAUUAUUAUUAUCAUUAUUGUUAUUAAAUGGUUAAGAAUAUAUGAAAGUCAUAUAUUUGAACUGCGGAUAAAGACGUGAAUGAAAGUGAUCCUCGCAGUAAUGUGCACUACUUAGGCAGUAGUGAAAAUAAGGCCUGAAAAAAAAAACAAAAAUAAAAUAAAAUUUGAACUUGUACGAUUUGAACCCAGACCUCUGAAUAAAGUGCAUCCUACCAACUGAGCCAACAAGCCAACUGUAAUGAUGAACUGGUUAAGAAUAUAUGAAAGUCAUAUUUGAACUGCGGAUAAAGCGUGAAUGAAAGUGAUCCUCGCAGUAAAAAGGUGUUUUUUCAGUGAAAAUCAUUCACGUCUUUAUCCGCAGUUCAAAUAUAUGACUUUCAUAUAUUCUUAACCAUUUAUUCAUCACUUCACGGGUUUAUUUAGAACCAGCUCCCAGUUGGCUUGUUAGCUCAGUUGGUAGAGCGCUGCACUGGUAUCGCAGAGGUCAUGGGUUCAAAUCCCGUACAGGCCUGAAUUUUUUUCAGGCCUUAUUUUCGCUACUGCCUAAGUAGUGCACAUUACUGCGAGGAUCACCUUCAUUCACAUUAUUGUUAUUAUUAUCAUCGUUAUGAUUAUGAUUAUUUUUAAUUUUUGUUAUUAUUAUAACUGUUAAAUUUCUUCUCAUCUAAUUUGAAAAAAUGUGUAUCAGACCCAAAAAGGAGAUCGAUAGUUUAAUAGAUUAUUAUACGGAGGGCGAUGAUUUUAGCAGCGUCUCCAUCAAAUUUUCAGCUUAGUGAAUCCAAACUUUUUGCUCAGUAUGUGUGUGUGCGACGCCCUCGUGCAAGAAACACGAAUAUGUGACCCGUGUUCCGUAAUCAACUUGAUUAUAUAUAGCGCUAUCUAGUUGCUGGAUGUCCUGUGGUGUUUUACAUUUAUUUUAGAUUUUAGCUCCAUAAUGUUUGUUUAUCCAAUGGUGAAUGGCAUUUGGGGAAUGUUCAUUCAUGAAACCUCCUCAAAUUUCGCGAUGUUUCGUGAGUAUUAAAUAUCCAAUGGUAAAUAAAACUACGUGUUAGUGAAAAGUAUAGUUUUUGUCUCAAUGGAGAAAUACUUGAAGCCCUUAAAGUACUCACUAUUGGUGAGAAAAAAGCACAAUGAUACUGAUGUUUGGUUUUGCGCAGAUUUCGCUAUAUUUAUAUAUGGUUAGCGUAACCGAUUGAACGUCGUUGUACGUGAGUCAAUGCAUGAGUAUGGCUCUUAUAAAUUUGCAAAUUCCGUAAUUGAUCUGGUACAAAGUUACGGCAUAAUUUCGUUUAUUUUCGGAAACUUUAUCGAUAGCUCGAUCGCAUCAGUCUUCAUCCAUAUUUAAUCCUUCGAAUCACUUUUAAAAGCUGAAGAAUAACAUGUAAAUGUAGCGUGCAUUCAACUGAAUGUUUUGGUUGAAACGACGCAGCUUUUUUUUUAUUUUUUUUUUAGACAAACCUAAUAUUUAUGUCGUAAACAGCAGGAAAAUUUCACCGUAUGAAUCUAAAUAGACACUCCCAGGCUGGAUCUUUUGUAUUAUAGUCAAUUGAACAUAACAGCACCGAUUGUGAAAUUUCGAAUUUAUUCACGAUGUUUGUGACAAGGAAGUGGUGGUAGGGGAGAUUUUUAGAGAAAGUAGAGUAAAAGUUCUACCAGGCCCCCUGCCCCUCAUUUUUUCCCAGUGAAUAUAUCUUCUUUUCAUAUUGAACAUCGUAGUGACAGAGUAAUCGCAAUCAAUUGAAAAACCUUGAAAUUAUGGACUGAGGGUUGGGUGAAGCAAACAAUUUGAUGAACUGAUCGAAAAUACAAUAAGUUGAUUAAAAACGGGAAAAGUUAAGUAGGAUCUAUAAACUUUUGAUCAGCUCUAAUAUGUAACAAAUAUGCUUCAGUUUAAGCAGUCUCCAUUAAGAUUUUGAGGUCUAUUUAUAUCAGUCUCAUAAGACUCUAAAACGCAUUUUCAAAAAAAAAAAAUGAAAUCUUAGGCGAUUUUAGAUUGAUAGUUAAUGCUGCAGGAGUUUGUCUGAUUUAGUUCCGACUACUUUUUUAUCCAAUGAUUCAUCGGACGUAUCUAAAUAGUUUAUUUAUUUAUUUUUUUUUUUUUCAGUUGCAGUUUUGCAUAAAAAACAAUUAAUGUUAAUAAUUGGAGUACCUUUAUUUAUCCGUUAGAGAGUUUACCCUACUUAGUUUUAAUUUGACUAAGUGUUGCACAAGUCUAAAGUAUUUGGUUAUGUCCGAAUUCCCUGCCUGCAGUUCGACCAAUCAAUUUUUUUUUUAUUAGCCGUACCUUUUCCAUAAUUUUCUUUUACAGUUUUUAUAUUUGCUUCCCAGAUACCAGGAACUGCAUAUGGGCUUGGUGGUAAGUUUAGGGACAGUUCUAUGGUUGUAACAGUUGUCAAGCUGCGCAAUCCCCAUAAUAAAAUCGGCAGAAAACACCUUCAAUGCUAUCCAUUGUUUUAGUACAUGCUGAUGAAUAUUAUGGGUUUUCCGCCGUAAUCGCAUAGUCGGCACAUCAUUUCAGCGGAUUGAAUUGUGAGAAUGCUUACAAUGGUUUCACGGCCACUUACAAGGCAGAGGAAAAAACAAAUAAGUAGCUUAAUCUUGUCUUUUAGUCAAUAAUAUCCCUUAGAAAGCUGAGGCUCUAACCUCGGAAGGCGCUUAGUUAUAACAAGGUCAGAAAGAAAUUUUUCUUUUGCUACAAUACAUACGCCAAGUGAAGAUCAAACAGUUUUUUUUUUCAUUUGCUUGCUGGAACAAUUAAGUUGUCAAAAAUGUCUGGAUCGUAAAAUUCAAUCCUAGUUAUCGCAGGAAGUUGCUUUUCAACAUAUCCAUCUGUUUCUUGUUAAUAUGUAUAGAUAUAUCCAGAAUGGGUAGUUUUUUUCACAACUUAAGGGAUUUCCUUAUCUGUCACAGGGCUGUUAUCUCAAUUGCUUUGUUGGGAAUUUUAAUCCUCCUCCAGAUUCGUCAUUUAUUACAGCUGUCACUGUCAGCUUGGUCGUCUUAGUUGCCUGUUUUAAUGUUCUGAUAUAUAUUCUUGUAAAACGCAGACAGGAGAGACCAAAUCAUACAGCAGCUGCUGGUAUUCCUAGGUCCAAAUUUACUAGUUCAGUUUCCCGUUCCCCACAACCAGGUGUGAGACACCUUACCAACUCUACCUCAACAGCCGGAAGUUGAACCUCCUUUCCGAUUAGCAUCAUAUUCUAACCAACACCCUCCAGUUGGUUAAGCUGCCGCACCCUUUGAUAACUAUCCACCACCCCCAGAGUACCCAUAUCCACCGGAAUCACCACCACUCUACCCUGGAGAGGAAGCAGUUCCACAGUAUCCACCUCCAGGACAGUCGUAUCCAUGGCAACAGGAUGAGUCGUCUGCACCAUCAUGAGUUCAUUUAAUUUUUUUUUUUAGAAACAGUUGGAGAACUCUUCGCAUAGAAAUCGAAGAUUAAGGCUGAAGAAUUUGAGUAAAUACCUUGGGUAAAACGAGCGCUUGAGAGGAUUCCUCGGAAAAAAAAUUAUGAAAAAAUUUUCUUCUGAAUUUCUUUAAAUGUUACCCACCAAACUUUUCUUCGAAAAAUGCAUUAAAAAUAAAAAACACAGUAAAACGUAAGUCACCAUGCCCAUUCAACUGGCCUUUGGCUCCCAUGAGUGACCGAUGUCAAGCAGAUAAAUGACGAGAAUAAAAAAAAAACAUACAAUUGGGAGAUUAUUAGCUAUUAUUAUUAGUCCAAUACCACAUUCUCAAAACUAAUAUCACAAGAGUUGUAUGGAAGACAGUGAGGAGAAUUACUAAUGAGAUCUUGGGCCAAACUUAUCCCAGUUAUGCCUGUACUCGUGCUGAUCACUUGCCUCAUUUCAUCGGUUCACGGUACAUUCAGCGGUAGCUGUAGGCAAGGGUUUUUUUUUAAAAAAACAGUUGUUAAAAAAACUUGAUAGGUAGAAAGUCUCGAGCGUAUGGAACAACUUGAUACAUAAUUUGAGGAAACAUCACGCAAUUUCGAUGUAAUUGCCUUCUCUAUAAUUUAUGGGCGACCGCUGGCACAAUAAUAACAUGCAACAAAAUCCUGCAAAUGAAUGAAUUGACACAGUGAAGUCUCCAUUCGUCGAAUCUCCUAUGGCAAUCGGCAAAGCAAUGAGUAUUCUAGGUAAGUCGAGUAUACAUUUGGUCAAGCCUUUUGGUAUAUUUCCUACGAUGGACAGUGAGUGCGUUCGGCAGCUGUUGUUUCGUGCGGCGUGCCAAAUUAAAUAUGCUUUCCAAGGCUCCAUAAUCAUAUGGCUUCUCCUUCAUUCAACAUUAACCGAUUUGAAUGUAAAAAUUGUGAAAAAAAAACUUUGAAUGAAAGGACCCAAGAGUGCGUACCUUUGUUGAGGUGAGCCGUACAGUAACAUGGCUUACCAGUAGAAAGGGAAAAAGUAAGUCGACAUUGACAUUAUUAAAUGUAGUAAAAAACGAAGAAACCGUCGUGAACAAAAACAUUAUCUAACGUGAAAAACGACGUGUAUGAACGGGAAUCAAGACGAUCCUUAAAUCCCAUUGCUAAUAAAAAAUCGAGCAUCGCAGCGACGUAAAAAUUUGGCGAAUUAUAAGCAACAUGCCCUGGAUGAAAUGCUGUCAACAGAUUUGCCACAUCUAUAAUUUAUUCCAAAGUGAUCGAGACAUGUCUUGAGAAAUAUGCAAAUAAGUUUCUUGCACGCAACCGCUUGGUUCAGUUUUGUCUGAAUUAGAAAUUCUGUCUAAAAAAUAAAACAAAUCUGAAUUGGUUUACAAAUCAAGCAAAUAAACGUGGUAUUCAAACGUGUGACAUUUUGUUAUCCGAGGUCCUUCAAAAUUCCGUACAUUGGGGUCACUAAAUUUUGUCUUUCUCUUCUCGUCUGUCAUUUCAAGUGACCCCUAAAAUUUCCAUCGUUAUCUUACUGCGUCAGUAUUUCCUUAACUUGAGAAUCUUAUUUACCUGUAAGAUAAAAUAAGGUAGUAAUUGCAGUUGUUCAUUUUUCUGCUACGACUUUCUGUUUUCAACUCAUUGACAUGGUAGUUGUUUAAUUACACAAAGAAAGUAGUUUCGUGAUUGAACAUUUUCGAUGAAAUGAUCGAUAAGACACCGUUAAGACAUCAAUCACGAGUUUUCGAUUCCCUCAAAUAGGCCAUAUGCCUAUGAAUCCUCAAGAAAAAGAGAGUAACUGAAAUGUAAUCGUUUGUCUCGCGAUGAAGUUACUUCUGACUAUGCAUCGCAACGUUUCGAUUGCUUACGGCGAGUCUCACUUAGGCGAUAUGGUCGACUGCAGGUAAACGUUACCUUACAAACAAUUCUGCUCAGCUGUGAUUGGCUGGAAUUCCAAAGCUUCUAUAUCGACUGAGUAAGACUCGCGUCUUGCAGCGCUAGUCAUGACGACCAGCGGACAGACUACCUAAUAUAUUAUCUAUUAUUAUUUUAUCAUAUUAUUAUUUUUUUACUCUUGCACUACUAUUGUGCAUGACCUGAAAUUUGACCCUCACGAUAUUUUUGGGGUUUCUGUUUUUUUUGCAGUUUAUGUUUCAUUGACGUUUUCUUUGUUCUCAUUGAGUUUAUUUGCACAGAAUAACAGUAAGUUGGAACAUUUAUUUCUGAUAAUCAGUACCAAUUUUAUAAACAGGAAAAGAGCUAAACAAUUAAUCCAAGACAAAUCCUUCCGGAAAUAAUCAUCUCACCUUCUUAUAGCUGCUUAAGUAUAGAAAUCCUUGAACAAGUAUAGCCAGGUAAGUGUCACAUAAACAAACCUUGCCUUUUUGAAGCAAAGAGUGCAAUGCAGUUGUCUUCAGUCGAACACAGCAUGUAGCUCAUUAAAAAGUUGAAAGAUUAUUUUCUUCAAUAAAUGGUAGAGAGACUCGGAGGAAAAGAACUUCAAUAGGAGUUAGACCAGUGAGUUCCAAUCAGUACUUCGAACGCUCAACCAGUGAGCUUUUGGAGAUUCAUAGCAAACUAAGCCGUUUAACCAUGUUCAUGGUGACAAACUUCCUGCAAACUGCAAGGAUAGGAAUAUUGAUGUGUAAUACUACUGCGCAAUGGUGAUAUUAAAAAGUUAUAAUCAACCUUUUUUCCAGGUUGUUCCAUUAUUCCGCAAAGAGUCAAUGCUUCCAGAUGGCACAAUACAACUAUCACGAGUCCCAAUUACCCUAUGAAUUACACUAAUAACUUGGAAUGUAAUUGGUUAAUUGAAGUUGUCAGUGAUCUUCCAUCCGUUGGUUUUAUUUUGAAGGUGACAUUCAAUAGCCUUCAUUUAGUACAGGGCGGAUAUCUUGUUUGUGAAGACAAACUUGAGUUCUAUGAUGGUAACACCACUAGCCUGUCUAAUCUUCUUGGAUCAUAUUGUGGAGAAGUACCUCCCGAGGUUGUUUAUUCUACUGGACAGCUCUUGUACGUCAAGUUCCAGUCAGAUGGACGUUAUUCCGACAGGGGAUUCAGUUUCAAUGUUUCGGCUGUUUUGGAAGGUAUGUCAAUAAUUACUCGUUUUGUUUAUUGUAGUGCACCUAGACUUCCCUUUAUGUCCAUACAUACGGGAAAAAAGGAGUGAAAACUGAAAAAAGGAAGGAAAAGAGAAAAACGAAAGGAAGAGAAAAAAGAAAAGAGGAAAAAGAAAAGGAGAAAGGAAAAAAAAGAAAAGUAAUUAAAAGCACAUUAAAGAAGAGUAAAGGAAAGUAAAGUUAAUUAUAGAAAAGUAAAGGGAAGGAAGGGAAAGGAAAGGGAAGAAUGGGAAGGAAAAGAAAAGAAAUGCAACAAACUUAUAUAUAAGCUGCCGCCGCCAGGUUAGUUCAGGUUGUAGAGCACCACAAUGCCUUGCGGGAGGUUGAGGUUUACGUGCUGCCUUUGCUAUGAAAUCUGCGAUCGGCUAGACGUUCCAGUCCUAUCGAAUAACGAAAAUAAACCGUAGGCGUCGUCCCCUGCAUCUUCUCUGUACUGGUUGGCUAAGGACGUUAAAGAACCCACGCACUUCACGCAAAGUGUUAUAAAGCGCAUUAAAGCUUGUUCGCAUGGAAAAUGUGCUCUAAAAAUGCGUCAUUAUCAUUUGUAAUUAACUUAUACGAUAGAUUUUAAACUGGAGUGCGAGGUUCAUCGACGGUUCAGUACUACAUUUUAUCCCUGGAAUGGUAAUUAAUGUCUGUGUCGUCUCUAUUCCAUUUAGAGGAAGCCGCUGGUAUUUGUCGUAGGACAGACAGACGAGAUAAAGUCCUUGAGCUUGGUGGGUCAUCUGGUACAUUUUUACCCCGGAUUACCCUGUUCUUUACCCAAUGGGUGUCCAGUGCACUUGGGUGAUCUCCGUUCCUGCUGGACGGAGAGUGAAGUUGGCAUUUGAAGACUUUAACCUAGGAUUAAAAGUUGAUGUUAUUUGCGAAAAUAGGGAUUCAACAGAUUAUGUGCGCAUACGAGAUGGGCGAAUGGAAGAUAGCAAAGAGCUUGCUCUGUUUUGUGGAUGGCACCAGCCGAUUUUGGGAAAUAUAUACGAUGUUUAUUCCACAGGAAAUUAUAUGCGGGUCACGUUUGCCGCCUUAAGACUCAGUCAGUUAAGUCGACUUGCCUCGAAAGGCUUCAAGGCCCAUUACCAAUCUGUAGACGCCUGUAAGUAAUUUGUCGCUUAUGUCAAGAUGAGAAGAUCAAUGUCAGUAUCUGAGCAACUGCACACUUACCCCUCCCCUAACCCAACAUUUACCCGUACUUGUAAUCGUUUAACUUUUCGGUGGGUUAUGGGAGGGUAGGUACGCAUUUAUUCGGAUACUGACAUUGAUCCAAAUGAGCGUGAUUUCCGACUAAAAGGCAGCUCUAUUACAGCAGUAUAUUCGUUAUAAGAAAUAGAUAAACAAUAGUAAAUCUAUAUUUACGUGUGAAACCAACCCUUCCUUUUUGUAAGUUUCACGGCCCAUAACAGUAACGAUAACGGUAACGAUAACAGUAACGAUACCGGUCACGAUAGUGCAGAUAAUAAACGCAGAAAAUGAAGAAGGUAACGGUUUCAGUUGCCACAGUUACUGAAAAAACCUUAAAACGAUGAUAAAUUAACUCAUUGUUUAUCCCUUUUUCAUAGCUCCUGAUGCUUACUCUAAAGAACUAUGUUAUCGUGGAAACGUUAACAAUAACAACCUUAAAUUAACUGGUUCAAAUGGAACUCUUAGAAGUCCAGAGAAGAAUUCAGCUUACCCCCCAGAUAUGAGCUGCGAUUGGCUAAUCACUGUGCGAGAUGGAAAAGUUGUGAAACUCAGCUUUGACAUGUUUGAAUUGCAACCCAGCUUUGGCCAGCCAUGCACUAAAGAUUAUGUAGAAAUCCUUGAUGGAAAGGACAGGAGCAGCGCGAGCAAAGGAAGAUUCUGUGGUAAAGAAAAACCAGAGGACAUUCAGUCAAGCGAACGGUACAUGAGGGUCAUAUUCAGAUCAGACGCUUCAGCUGCGUAUUAUAAAGGUUUUAAGGCCACGUUUAGAGAAACUUCCAGAG